AUGGAAACAACUGAACUGUGCUACCCCGAGCUUCACAACAUCUCCUGCAGAAAGCCCCAGCGUCUGCAAGACGCUAUGCUUUUCUACAACCUGCUCUGUCUAAUAUCUCUGGUCACAGUUACAAUGAAUCUACUAGUCAUUAUCUCCAUCACACACUUCAGGCAGCUUCAGAGUCCUACCAACCUGCUAAUCCUCUCUCUGGCUGUGUCAGAUUUCCUCGUUGGUCUUUUGCUGAUUCCAGGUGAAAUCCUUUUAACAGACUCCUGCUGGUUCUUAGGAAGUACACUGUGCAUUUUGUAUUACAUGACAGACUUUACCAUAACAUCAUCCUCCAUCGGAAGUAUUAUGCUCAUUUCAAUUGAUCGUUAUUUAGCCAUUUGUGAUCCAUUACAUUACAAUACCAAAGUGACAGUAAACCGGGUUAGGUUCUGUGUUUGUGCUUGUUGGCUCUGUGCUCUCAUCUACAAUAGUCUGAUUUUUACGGAUUAUUUCAUUGAUCCUGAUGCAGUGAGUUCAUGUUAUGGAGAGUGUAUAUUGGUGGUCAGCCAUGUAACUGGAAAUGUUGAUUUAAUCUGCACCUUUAUUGGCCCUAUCACUGUCAUUGUCGUUCUGUAUGUGAGGAUUUUUAUGGUGGUCGUCUCUCAAGCUCGUUCAAUGCAGUCUAAAAUAGUGGCUUUGCAGCAAACUGUGACUAUGUCGGCCAGAAAAUCAGAGCUAAAAGCAGCUAGGACACUUGGAAUAGUUAUUUUAGUUUUCAUAGCGUGUUUAUGUCCCUAUUACAUCCCAUCCUUCACUGGGGAGGACAUUGAAGAGCGCAACAGCACUACAUUUAUUGUUUCCUGGCUAUGGUUAUUAAACUCCUGCGUAAACCCCUUUGUUUAUGCAUCAUUUUAUCCCUGGUUUAGAAAAACUAUCAAAGUAAUUGUAACUUUGGAAAUACUGAAACCUCAUUCUUCUUAUGCUACUGUCCUCUGA